CAGCAUUUGUUGUGUUAGCCAUGGUGUUGCGUACUCGACCUGAUGCCUUGACUCUUGUUUUGCCGGAGCUGAGGGAGAGUCCUACCUAUCAAGGCCAGGACAAGCUUCCGGUUAUAAUUUGGAUGAUGGCUCAGGCCUCCCAAGGUGAUUUAUGUGCUGGCUUGUAUUCGUGGGUGCGUAACUUGCUGCCACUAGUCGCCAAUAACAAGGACUACAGCAGCUCUCAGUCAACUCAUCUCAUCCUGCAAUUUGUUGAGAUGAUUUUGUCCUCGAAUCCAGAGGCUCGGGCUGUACUCCUAAACGGAGCUGUUAGGCAUGGAGAGUGGCUGAUUCCACCUUGUUCGUUUGAGAUGUUGGUGCGGCUUACAUUCCCUGCUAGAGUAGAGGAGGCAACAGAGAGGUUUCAGGCAAUUUAUCCCUUGUUGAAGGAAGUGGCCCUUGCACCAGAUACAAGUGCAGACGCACUAAACAGAUAUUCACUUUUUCCUUGAAAUUAGCUGGCCAAAAAGGAAAUCCUGCUCUGGCCAAUGAAGCUACAGCGAUCGCCAUCAGUGUUUUGACACGAAACGUGGAUUGCUUUAAGCGAUGGGAUGUUCUCUACAAGGAGAAUCUUGGAAGCUAGCGUUGCUCUUCUUAAAAAGCUUGUAGACGAAUGG